AUGGAGGAGGUAUGGGAUUUCGUCGAUCAGCCGUACAUGACGCCUGGCGUAGCGACCCUCCGCAUGGAAGAGCUGUCCGACGAUAUUGACGAAGAGAAAGGCAUGUGUUGCGCGACACCAGAAUUGGGGACGACACCUAGUCUGGCCGAUACCGAGACAGUUCGUAUCGUCUUGAUGGCCAAGGCGGCUGCCCCGAGGAUUUUCCUGAAGAAAGACCUGGGCGACCUGUGGAUGACGAUUGACUUCAUGGGGCCAAUCAAUGCGUUCACCGAGACUAUGCCUUGGCCGUUGCCUAAUCUCGACGUCGCAAUGGGUGUGCUGAAGAACUCGCGCGUCUACUUUACGCUGGCAUGGAUGAAGGGCUAUUGGCAACUGACUUUACAUCCCAAUUCCCAGAAGUAUUACUCCUUCAUGACACCGGGUGUCGGUAAGCCGACCCGGGUGUUGACGGGAUAG